AUGGAUCCAGUGGACCUGUUAGUUGUUGGCGCAGGCUGGAACGGGCUCGCUGCCGUCAAGACCUACCGUGAACUCAACCCCGACAGCAAUGUCCUACUUUUGGAAGCUGCCAGCUCCAUCGGUGGUGUGUGGGCAAGCCAUCGCCAAUACCGAGGCCUCAAGUCCAACAAUAUGCUGGGAACAUACGAAUACAGCGACUUUCCUAUGGACGAAGAGACAUUCGGUGUGAAGCAAGGCGAGCACAUUCCAGGCGAGAUUGUACAAAAGUACUUUGUCGCAUACGCUGAAAACUUCAAAUUCCUCGAUCGCAUUCGUCUCAAUCACCAUGUCGACAGUGCGGAACAUCAGCCCGAUGGCUCCUGGCGUCUCACCGUAUCUCACGAGGACAAAACGUUUGAAAUUGAGACACGAAAGCUUAUCGUCGCGACCGGAGUCACUUCACAAGCUUAUCUGCCUAACUUCAAGGGCCAAGAUAUUUUUGACGCCCCAUUAUUUCACUGCGGCGAUCUCUUGAAGUAUGAAGAUGAGGUGAUCAAAUCUGGAGAGCGGGUUACUGUUUUUGGCGGCACCAAAUCCGCAUGGGAUGCGGCAUAUGCCUGUGCCACGGCUGGCAUGAAAGUCGACUGGAUUAUUCGCGAGUCGGGACAUGGACCUUGCUGGAUGGCUCCUCCAUAUGUGACACCUCUUAAGAAAUGGCUGGAGAAGCUUGUUACAACCCGCUUUUUGACCUGGUUCAGUCCCUGUAUUUGGGGAGAAGCCGAUGGAUAUUCCCGAGUUCGCAGUUUUCUGCACGGUACUUGGCUAGGACGCAAGGUUGUGGAUGCGUUUUGGUCAGUAUUGGCAGAUGAUGUUAUUCAGCUGAACGAAUACGACAAGCAUUCAGAAACGAAGAAGCUCAAACCCUGGGUAAGCCCGUUUUGGAUUGCCUCAUCGCUGAGCAUUCUGAACUACCCUACCAAUAUUUUCGAUCUGGUCAAGGACGGUACUAUCACGGUACAUGUUGCGGAGCUUGAACACCUUUCAGACCAUACAGUCCAUAUCUCGACGGGUGAGGACCUGCCCACUUCAGCCCUCAUCUGCUCAACUGGGUGGCGUUGUACUCCGAACUUGAAAUUCCUUCCCGAACGCAUUGAUCGAGAACUGGGAUUCCCUUGGAGCACAGAUCCACUGGAUGAGAAAAUGAUUAAGGCUGCCGAUGAAGAAAUUCUUCGCCGCUUCCCUCGAUUGGUAGAUCAGCCAAAUCCCAAUCCAAAGUAUCAUCCAAUAAAUGACGAAUCUGAGGCUGCUGCUCCGCACCCAUUCCGACUAGCACGAUUUAUGAUUCCUCUUUCAACCAUUAAAGAGCGGUCCUUGGCUUUCAUGGGUAUCCCCAUGACUAUUAACACAGCUCUGCUUGCUCAAACACAAGCACUGUGGAUUUCUGCUUAUUUCAGUGAUAAGCUCACUCCUACUUCCACUGAGCGCUGUCCCCCAGCUGUUCGCGCAGCUUCGGACUCCAAGGACAAAGAUGAUGCUGAUCUUGAUCUUGCGUGGGAAACUACUCUACACUCUGAAUUUGGAAAAUUCCGCUACCCUGCAGGCUUUGGGAAGCGAAACCCAGAUUUUGUGUUUGAUGCCAUUCCUUAUGUCGAUCUCAUGUUGCGGGACUUGGGUCUUACUAUUGAGAGGAAGAAGGGCGUUCUUGCCCGAGCAUUUCAUCCAUAUGGCAUGGAAGAUUACAAGGGCUUGGUCGAAGAAUGGAAGGCGAAGAAGUUGACUUAG